UUGUAAUUGGACUUCGUGACUUUUUGUAGUCUGCACUCAGCUCAGAUCAAACCCUACAGCCUUCUUAAGAAGUGUGUCAGCAUUUCCUGGGAUGUAUCAUGUUACUGAACAGCAGAACAAAGAUAACAAGUGUUUGCGUCACCUCUGGAUCGGAUCGAUCCCACGAAUCAGAUUCCCCGAGAGUUCUACUUUCGUUUUGGUAUGUCAUUAUUAUCAUUAAAUAAAUGUCAAUGUAAAAUAACUUAUACUGUAUAUUUGUUGCAGGUUUUCAGGUAUAACGUUCGGUGUAUGGACAGGUGGGAUCCAGGUUUGCCCAGAUCUUUGGACGGUCAAUUCUUUCUUUGACGAGCGAAUGAAGAAACAAAACUGAACAGCAGCGGGUAAAAGGUUCCAGGUACGGACAGGGCACAGACAGGAAGACACCUCUGUUGCAGGCACCUUCAGAUGUGAACGAUGAAAACGAUGACAACGAGUCUGUUCCUACUGUUUUUCAUAUGCCAUUCGUCUGCUUAUUCCAACUGUCUGUGGGCCACGGAAGAAACACCGUGCCCUGAAUGUGUGUCGGGAUGGUAUGGAAGUCGCUGUGACAACAGAUGUAUUGGUUUUUGUGACAACGGUGGCUGUCACAGGGACUCAGGACAAUGCCUGCAGUGCCAGGGUGGCUACUAUACCUCCACCUGUACAACAAAGUGCCCCCCACACUGCAGGGAGAACGAUGACGGGCAUGCAUACUGUGACCGAACGACGGGACAUUGUUCACAAUAUUGUAAAGAUGGUUGGUGGGGAGACAGGUGUGAGCGAGCCUGCAGUGAAAGAUGUGUGGACAACUCCUGCUUCUCCUGGGAUGGGUAUUGUAACAAGGGCUGCCUCCAGGGUUGGACUGGUGACGAUUGUGGCACAAGGUGUCCAAGCGGCUGCCAUCAAAACGCAUGCGAGCAAGCUAAAAGAGGUAGAUGUACCCAAGGGUGUCGCCUUGGCUUCCACGGCCAUCACUGUGAUCAGCCCUGUGAUAGUCGCUGUAGGGAGCAGGACUGUGUUUACGACCACCACAUAAAGUCUGCAGUCUGUAGACAGGGCUGUGUGGACGGAUGGAUGUCUCCUGACUGUCGAAGGAAGUGUUCUCGCAACUGUGAAGCAUGUCUGCAAGAGUCUCGAAAUUGUUCUCGAUGUUCGCAAGGCUACUGGGGAGUUGACUGCGCCAGUGUGUGUAGUUCCACGUGUUCUCACGGGACAUGUGAUAUGGAUGGAAAAUGCUUUGCAUGUCAACCUGGUUACUUUGGCAACACUUGUGAACGCCGUUGUGGGACUGAUUGUGCUGGGUGCGAAAUGACGAAUAAAGACGGGCGAUGUGAUGACGUUUGUGUAACACUUUGUUCAAACAAUACACAUGGACGUCCCGGCCCUAGUUAUGCUGUACCUACAGAUGAGAGGAAUACAUCAGGCCGUUGUGGAGAUGGAUUCCUGCAGCUUCCUGUCCCACUUCUCCUCAUGAACCUGUCAUUCCAUUUAUUAUGUAGAUGAAAUUGUGAUGCAUUAGAGAUGGCCCUGUUAAGGUGGCACUGACCAUCUGUGAAAUAUUUGUGUUGUCUGUUUGAUUUAUAUGGUCAUGAGGGACUAGAAUAAGCCCAAAACAUCCCAUGCUGUCAAUACGACACCCUCCUUUGUUGGGAAUCAGAUUAUGACAUAUAACAGCAUCUCAUAUUGCCCUUGAUAUUAUUGCACCCUACCGAUAACUGUUUACGCCUCCUUAGCAAUUAGGCAAACAAGUAGUAGAUAUUACACUUACGAAUUUAAAAAAUCCGAUACAAACCAGUUAAUCCUUUAGCAGGAAUAUGUCCAGUUACGCUCUAAACAUAAUUCUCACCAUCCAUCUUCACAGAUGGAUCCAAGGGUGGCGCCAAAGGUGCAAGUGCCGCCAUAAUUGGUUAAAAAACUAAUUCUUCAAGCUUACCAGAUGCAGCUACAUACUUACUGCUGCAGCUGAGGCUAUUCAAACAGCCUUGACAUAUAUUCAGAAACAAACUGCAAGUUAAGUCUUCAUCAUUUUCUCUGAUUCUUUGUCAUGCCUUCAGGCACUUUGGAAUGUCAACUCGAAUCAUCCGUUAAGAUCCCUUUUCACCCUGGAUUCUUAUCCUCUGUUAUCUCGAAAGCUUGACCCCUGUUGCUGCUGGGUGAAUCUAAUAAUAUUAUCGGUUUUAGCUAUAGGGAUUGUUUUUUGUGUUUGAUACUGACCACUGCUAUUAUAUUAUGAUUAUUGUACUUCCCGUCUGUUGUGUACUGCCUUUGUAUUUAAUGUGCACUAAUUUGUAUUGAUUUGUAAA